GCCAGAUGAAAUUGUCCGAUGCUGGGAUUACGCUAUCACAACUUGGUCAUCUGGAACGGUUCGGAUUCGGGCACUCACGAACGGCUCCCAUGGAAAUCUCUUACAACGGUAAAGCUUUGAGGCUUGCCAGGUGGCCAAACGACGGAUCUUAUGUUAACGUGGAGUCCACCCCAGAUGGCAGGGAAGGAAAACGAUUUACUUACCCAAGCUCUUUAGGAAGUCGAGCUGAAAAAUGGAGGCAUGAAAACGACCUGUGGGUUUAUGGAUUUUGGUACUGGAGCUGGGCAGAUGACUCCGCGAAAAUUGCCAGUGUGGACCCUGCUCACCAUACCAUGACUCUGGGGUCGGAAUUGCAUUAUGGAAUGAGGACAGGUCAUAUCCAGUCAGGGAAUCACGCAGGAUACAGUCAGCAGGGGGGCUAUUUUCACGUGUUCAACGCUCUGUCGGAGCUGGACCAAGGGGGAGAAUAUUACAUCGACAGGAAGUCCGGUAUCCUCUACAUCUACCCUCCAACCCAACAUGGCGACCUGUCUCACCACGACGUCGUAUAUGCCUCGCUCCUCAACAACCUCUUUGAGCUGUCACAUUUGUCUCACUUCCACAUAUCAGACCUUAUCCUGGAUGGAAGUCGUCAUUAUGGUAUCUUAGGACAGAGUCUAAGCUCGUGCAGCUUUGAUAGACUGGAAAUCAGAAAUACAGGCUCCUACGGAAUGCAUUUAAGCGGAUCGAAUAUUCUUGUUCGUCAGUGUGAUAUUCACGACACGGAUGGCGGCAUCUCCAUCAGUGGUAAGUGA